AUGUUGGCCAUAGGCUACGUAACUCUACUACACUCAUUAGGCAACAUCCUACCACCGUGUUAUGUAUCAUACGAGAAUGGCGACAUCAUCCUACCCACUCUCUAUCAUUCGGCUAUGUCAAUUGCUGGGUUUUGUAUGAUUUUCUUCGAUUUAAAAUAUUUUUUGGUCGCUUUGGAGCGUAAAAUCGCAUUUUCCCGUAAAGCCACCUACGAAAAUGAAGGUGCUGGUACGGGCAAUCGACUGGUAUUGUCAGCUUCAGUAUUUUCUUUAAUAUACACGAUUGGCAAGAACAUGUUUAUAUGGAAAACACAAGAAAACUUGGACUUGGAUCAGAGAUUGACCAAAGUUACUAUGGUUGACAAAUACUUCCCUGGCCUUAUUAUGUCGUAUAUUGUAGCUAGUACCGCCAUUUUUUACGCUAUAUAUGUAAGUUUCGGCUGAAAAAUUCAAAAAAAAAUUUUUUGUUUUUGUAAACAAAGUUAUUUCGGGUUUUUAAAAAUUUUAACAAAAAAAAUAUUUUGUCAAAAAAAUUUUGUAAAGAAAGUUUUUUCCGAUUCUUAAAAAUUGCAACAAGACCAUUUUCUAUCAUUGUAAACAAAGUUAUUGCCAAAAAAUUAAUUUCUGCACCGUGCAGCGCUAUUUGUCUUCUUUGCACAGUGCGAAAGCGCGAUCCCGUCCGAUCUGGCAAGUUAAGCAACGUGCGCUUGAUUAUAAAAAGUUCGGGGAACUUUGGAUAAAAAUAAUGUUUUUGGGGUUUUUAAGUACUGGAAAGAAAGUUUUUGCAUUUGUCGUUUUGGAAAGAAAGUUUUUGUAAAAAAUUUUCAAGUUUGAAAUACUUUUUGUUUUAGGUAUUUUUAAAAAUUUCGUCCCAAAUUCACGUUCUGGAGUCAAAUUCUUUGUCGGAACGUUAUGAAUUACGACAAAUUGUGGCAGCAAUGGCUUGGCUGAGAAAAUUGAUAAAAGCUUUUGGAAUCGCUAUGAUUUUUACAUUUCCUUUUAUGGUUAUAAUAUGUUAUUUAUACUUCGCUGAAAGGAAGAAUGAAGAUGACAAGUACAUGCAAAUAUUGCUUACUGUAAGUAUCCUACCCUACCCUACCGUACCCUACCCUACCCUACCCGACCCUACCCUACCCUACCCUACCCUACCCUACCCUACCCUACCCUACCCUACCCUACCCUACCCUACCCUACCCUACCCUACCCUACCCUACCCUACCCUACCCUACCCUACCCUACUCUACCCUACCCUACCCUACCCUACCCUACCCUGUUCUUACUAUAUCGAUCCUGUUUCAUAUAACAAUUUCUAGAUAAUAUUCUGUGCCGGCUCCGCCUACAGCCUGGUCACCACCUACUUUAUGUUCAGUGAAUUCCCUCAACUUCGAAAUGCCGUGGCUAAAGACUUCCCAUUUUGCGCUCCAAAAAUAUCAACGUCCGUUUUGAGUCAAGAGGAACGUGAUAACAUGUACUACAAUAGCUUGAACGUGGCUUGGAGACAUCCUGAAGAACCGAAGUCCAUUGCUACAAUAACAUAG